AUGGCUUGGUGCAGCAGCAUAGUGGGAUCCCCUUGUUUUCCAGUAGUCCUGAUCCUGAUCAUGGAGUCCUGUUCUAAGAUUGGUCUUGUCAAGGCUAUGGGAAUCCUCUUUGGACACCUCUCACGGUCCAUUCAGAUGAGUUCGACUGAUCUGGGAAUCGCGCUUGGUCUCUUCUAUACAGUCGGCUUAUUAUCAAGAGCUGGAUACUGCGCUUUGCGUAUGACCUGCAUCACUGCCCUCCACAGGCUUGCCGGUGAGAACUUCAACCUCUUGUUCAGCCUAUCGACUUGCGGAUACGCUGCAGGAAUGGUUCUAUUCCCUUUCUUGGCAGAUGAACUGCUGACGGCGUAUGAUUGGCGAGGGGUUCUGCUGAUUCUCGGAGGUGUCAUGUUAAACAUCAUCCCCUGUGCCUUAGCCAUUCGGAUAACACCAGAGGACUUCACGCCAAGAGAUUAUGAGGGGUUGCAGAGACGUCUGGAACAAGUGGAAUCCGAUACGAUCUCGAUUGCAGGAAGUGUCAGGAGCUGUUCGGACGCAGAAAGAGACAAUGACCGUGAUGAUGCUGUCAAAGACACUGACCGUGAUGAUGCCGUCAAAGACACUGACAUGACUCCGCUCUUGACCUCUUCAGCUAGACACGAUAGGUACGUGAGAAUUGAUGCGGAUCAUCCAUCCCCAGACAAUGAAAUACCUCACAAGAAUCGCCUGGCAUACAUUAACGGUAUUCCCGGCAAGAUUUCAUCGUGGUUUCGUAGUAUGGGGUUCUAUGACGACCCCUUUUCUCUAUUCAUUUUCCUAUCCAUUGACACGCUCUUUUUCGUAUACAAUGGAUGGCACGACUUUCUUCUUCCACAUGCCCUCCAACGAGGAAUCUCUCAACAUGAUACAAUCAUAAUCACCUUCGUUGCUGCUGUUGGAAACCUCUCUAUUCGACUCAUCAUCGCUUGCCUAACCCACAAACUAGUUGAUCCAGUCAACAUUUACCUCGUUUUAACCAUCGUAAACAUCAUUUCGUUGACAUGUGAUGCAUUCCUUCCUCAUUAUUACGUCAUGCUGGUGACGUCAUUUUGUUCAGUGGCUGCCAUUGCUGGGAGAGCCGUGCUGGGAAUUCUAAUUAUCAGGAACCGAGUCUCACCCGAAAAUGUUCCCAUGGCCUUAAGUGUGAACAAUCUCGUGGAAGCUUCCGGAUUUUUUCUCGGUGGAUAUUUAUCAGGGUUCGUGGCUGACAAGUUUUCAUCAUAUGACGCAACAUUCAAACUCCUCGCCUUGGUCGAUGUUCUUACCUUCAUCUUUAUGUUGUUUCCUAAAAUAGUGAAGAAACCUGAAAUGUCCUCUGACGUAGAGACAUAAGAGUUGCAUUUACACUGCAACCAACAAUCGUCGA